AAUUUUUACGUACAAGCAAUAACAUGAACAUGCCACCAUAACGAUAACUGUUGUCAUCCUCUCCUUCAAACAAAUGAAAAAUCACAAUCACUUUCUACCAGUACCAAUUCCUCUUCCUCAUAGGAAUUUGCUAUCCACCUUGUUCAAGAACAUUAUAGGUAAAGCAUGGUGUCCCCAAAGAGCCAGGUCGUGUCCUCUCCACCAGGAACGCCUCGUCUGGGCAGUCCAAUGAGGAAAUCAAAUAGUGGCGGGUAUUGUUAUUCAGGAAUGUUUGCUAUAAUGUACUCGAAUUUUUAGGUCUGUUCUCCUGCAAUCUUGAUGAUGAUGUACAAACAUCCACGCACUUUCAAGAACUACUUGUGCCUAGUACUCAAACUCAUCUUUAGAGAUACAGAAGAUGAUCUAGUACUUGUAGACCUAUGUAUUGUUCGUAUUCGUCCGAUACAGAUGUAGCAGAUACAGAUAUGUAGGCGUAUGUAUCAGAUACAGAUGAUCUUGUAGACCUAUUCGUAUUCAUCAGAUACAGAUGAUUUCGUACCUACUCGACAUCUCAGGUACAGGUUGUACUCAAUUAUAUAUUACCUACUAUCUCAGGUUGUACCCACGAGCACGACGUCGAAGGAACUGGGCAACACGCAGAGCAGCCAUGUGUUCUAUCUUAUGAGUGAGUAAUUAGAGAUGAUUUAUCUUUAUGAGUAGAUGUCCACAACACACUAGCAAAAUGUUCAGAUGACCACAACACAUGAUACAUUUAAGCACAAUUGUUUUUUUCACGCUUACCAUUUAUCGUAACCGUCUUUGUCAGUCAGAUGAAGUACAAAUAUUUAUAAGUAAAACAACUUCUAGGUGUACGUAGCAGUAGCUGUUGACUAAAAAUAAUUCUUGUCAAUUUCAAUUAGUGAACGAGCUACUACAAAUUCUUCCUUAGUACGUAGCUAUGCACUAAAAAUUCUUGUCAAUUUCAAUUGGUGAACGAGCUGCUUAAAUGCUUCUCUCAGCAUCUAAUGAUGGCCAUGGGGCUCAGCGUGGUCAGAGGAUCGAGUCAAACCCCGUCCUCAGCUAAAGGACCAGUUAUGGACCAUGAUCCUUAAAACUUGUCAUGGAAGCUGCUGCAAAUAGAAUAAGAAUAUCGUUAUCGAUAAUAAGAAUAAUUGCAGGUGGUUGUAGUAUGACUCUAAUCUCUCCGUGAUCUUGCAGGUUGUAGUAUCACUGUGACCUAUCCUGAUGGGUAUUCAAUCAUACCCCACGAAUGAGUACAUCACUACUACCACUAAUACUACUACCUUGUAGCAUCUUCACUCUAAUCUCUGCGUGGUGCUGCAGGCUACUUUGGAGUGCUGCGGUGAAAUGCCUCGUGAAGACCUACAGAGAACGAAUCUGAGAGGUGCUAAAGCAGUUGGAGUAGAGAAAGCAGCCUCAGUAACACCUAGUCCUACUGAAGAUACAGAACAAAAAGCAGCACCACCUCUAGCAGAGAAGCCAGUUGUAGCAGCACAAGCACCUCCCCCAGCGCAAGAAGUAUCAGAACAAGGACCAGCGCAAGUAUCAGAACAAGGACCAGCGCAAGUAUCAGAACAAGGACCACCAGCGCAAGUAUCAGAACAAGGACCAACGCAAGAAUCAGAACAAGCCGCCUCUUCGCCUAAUAGAGCUUCUCCUGCCAAUAUGGUGGAGAAGCAGCGAGGGGAGGCGAACGACCGCGAAAAUACCGCGGCGUUCGACGAGUAUGGAGGAGAAGACACAGAGGCAGAAUCCCCACGACCAGAAGAAGUACAGGGAUCGACACGUCAGGGGUCAGCAGCAGUAGAACCAGAAUCAAAGGCACUUCACCAAGGACCUGCUCUGAUCAGGGCGGGCACAAAAGCUACAGCUAGUGAGACAUCGAUGGAAAAGGAAAAGACCAUACUACCACAACGAGCACCAACAAGAACGCAAUCACCAAGCGGCAAAAAAGUGAAGAGAGAAGUUAGAGCGGGUUAUUUAUAUUUGAAAAUAUGAUCAUGUAGAAGAACCCAAUCACCUUGGGGUAUAGUAGAGCGGGUUAAUAUUUAUAUUUGAAAAUAGGAUGGAGACGGAUCCUACAAAAUAACUAUAUAUUAGUUCUUGGUAAGAACCCCUUCAUCUUCAACAACAUCUACGACAUGCAGACGGCUUCUACAAAAUAAUCAGAGUAGUUCUUGGUAAACCCUUCAACAACAUGGCGUACGCGUAGUUCCUUACUUUCACCAUUGCUACCGUGGCUGGGUUGAUGCCAGUUCGCUUUGUCGACUCCUAAAGCCGUGAGCACUUAAUUCAUUUUGAUUCUUUCCGUUUUCCUUUCGUCCCACUCAAAUCUGAUGAGUUGUAUCGCGGAUUAUUACAGAAGCUGCGCCUAUGUCUAUCACAAUCUGUAUGAUCUCUAUCUCAGUUCUUUUUACGAUUCUCUAACAACUCGCCGCGGGUCGCGCCGAUGUCCGGCGGGAUCGGGCAGGCAAGGAUUGUCGACAGGAAAAAGAAAGGGACAGCGAACACUGGACAACUGCAUACGCUUCACAGCUCUUUCUUGAUGAGGGGUUCAGGAGAGCUUCAGGCGUACUACUAUGAUCUGAGCCUCUUAUAAUAUUAUGUCUUUCCUAGGUGUAAGAUUGAGAAUUCGAUGGCUUCUAUUGAGAAGAAUAUUUCCACAGAUCCUAGUACAACUCGCUGCACCGCUAAAGCUAAUUGAGCCACAAGUUGUACCAUCUUCAAAAAAAACAGCCAAGCAUGGGCCACACCAGCAUACGAGUCCAAGCAAGAGAGCUUUCUUCGUCACCGUCGUCGUGGUGAGUGGACUUACGAAGUUUAGAAGACUCAGUAUAGCGUUUUAGAAGACCAAGAGUGGCGUUUUAUGUACUUAUCCACUAUAUGAGACUCGAAGAGUUCGGUAUCAACAUGACAUAAUGAUAAAUCAAUCUAUUUCGUCUUGUCAAUUUUGCUCUCAUCUCUCUUGAUAAAUGUAAUUCAGUAUUGUAAUUUGUAAGAGUAAAAAAAGCUGCGAAUGAUCAACAAACGGUCAGUUUGUAACACAUUUAGUAAUCAUAAUCAUAUAUUUAUAUGCAUGAACAACUAGACAAACCAGGAGAAAGAUGGACAUUCUGGGCCUCCUAGUAUUCUUUUGGUUCGUCUCGUGUAUACGAGGGGAACCGCCAAUUUGAGAGCGGCUUUCUCUUUCAGAAGCUGUGUCCUCAUAUUGUUUUGCCAAAUGACUCCUCGUUGGUUUAUAAGCUUCUCUUCUGAGGCUUAUCACAUCGAUUCAUCCCGCCGAUAGGUGCUGCAAACCUAUUAGGGAUGCACAGAAUAGAAUGGACAUAUGUGUAAUACAGCUAAUUGGAACACUCUGCACGACUCAGUUGAUGUACAGGAAGUCCGC